AUGACCCGACUAGAUGUAGAGAAGACUAUCGAGGAGCUUACACUAGGAGAAAAGGUAGCUCUGACUGCUGGGAUUGACUUCUGGCAUACGGCGGCCGUUCCCCGUCUCAACAUCCCCAGUUUACGUUUUUCUGAUGGACCCAACGGGAUACGCGGAACGCGAUUCUUCAAUGGUGUACCUGCUGCAUGCUUCCCCUGUUCCACGGCCCUAGGUGCCACCUGGGAUACCGAAUUGCUGCAUGAAGUGGGGAGACUGAUGGGCGAAGAGUCCAUUGCUAAAGGAUGCCAUGUUGUCCUGGGUCCCACUAUUAACAUGCAAAGAUCGCCACUUGGAGGUCGAGGAUUUGAGUCUUUCGCUGAAGAUGGCGUACUCUCGGGCAACUUGGCUGGCUACUACUGCAAGGGCAUCCAAGAGAAAGGUGUCGCCGCCACUCUGAAGCAUUUUGUGUGCAAUGACCAAGAACAUGAACGUUUAGCCGUCGAUAGCAUCGUCACCAUGCGGGCCAUGCGCGAGAUUUAUCUUUUGCCUUUUCAAAUUGCGAUGAGAAUCUGCCAGAGUGCCUGCGUGAUGACCGCCUACAACAAGGUCAACGGAACACAUGUCAGUGAGAACAAGCAAAUUAUCACAGACAUCCUUCGCAAGGAAUGGGGCUGGGACGGUCUUGUCAUGAGCGACUGGUUCGGAACAUAUAGUACAUCGGAUGCCAUUAACGCUGGGUUGGAUUUGGAAAUGCCUGGGAAAACUCGAUGGCGUGGAACAGCACUGGCACAUGCCGUAUCGUCAAACAAGUCCUUCGAGUAUGUUAUAGAUGAACGUAUUCGUAACGUGUUGAACUUGGCCAAUUAUGUUGGUCCAUUGGGAAUCCCAGAGAAUGCACCAGAGAAGGCCCUUAAUAGACCACAAGACCAGAAACUUCUACGACGCACCGCGGCGGAAUCAGUGGUCCUCAUGAAGAAUGACGAUGAUCUUCUGCCUCUCAACAAGGACAAGUCAAUCUUGGUCAUAGGUCCUAAUGCCAAAAUUGCAGCAUACUGCGGUGGAGGCUCCGCGUCUUUGGAUGCAUAUUACACUGUGACUCCUUUUGACGGGGUCUCAGCUAAGAGCAAGGGUGAAGUCCUGUUCUCUCAGGGUGUAUACUCGCACAAAGAGCUGCCACAACUCGGUCCACUCCUUAAAACAGCCGAUGGCAAGACUGGCUUUUCGUUCCGCGUUUUCAACGAGCCUCCCUCCCAGUCCCACAGAGAGCUUGUUGAUGAGCUGCAUCUUGUGUCAUCCAGUGGCUUCCUCAUGGACUAUGUCAACCCCAAAAUCAAAUCACUGACCUUCUACAUCGACAUGGAGGGCUUUUUCACUCCCGAGGAAGACGGUGUCUACGAGUUCGGCGUCACAGUUGUGGGCACCGGCAAGCUGUGCGUUGACGGUGAAGUCGUUGUCGACAACACGAAGAACCAACGCCAAGGCUCUGCUUUCUUCGGGAAUGCAACCGUAGAAGAGAAGGGGAGCAAGGAACUGAAGGCCAGACAGACGUACAAGGUGCUCUUCCAAUUUGGCAGUGCGCCCACUUCCGAUCUAGACACCCGCGGUGUCGUGGCAUUUGGCCCUGGGGGCUUCCGCUUUGGGGCCACUCGCCGAGUCGGUCAAGAGGAGCUGAUCUCGAAGGCCUCCAAGCUCGCCGCCAAGGCAGACCAAGUGGUCGUGUUCGCUGGUUUGACGAGCGAGUGGGAGACCGAAGGCUACGACCGUGACCACAUGGACCUGCCUCCAGGCAACGACGAGAUGAUCUUCAGGGUGCUCGAGGCGAAUCCAAACGCCGUGGUGGUGAUCCAGAGCGGUACUCCAGUGACAAUGCCGUGGAUUAAACGGUCCAAGGCACUUUUGCAGGCCUGGUAUGGCGGAAACGAGUGUGGCAAUGGCAUCGCCGACGUUUUGUAUGGUGAUGUGAACCCCUCUGGGAAGCUGCCCCUGAGCUUCCCAGUCCGCCUUCAAGACAACCCGAGCUACCUCAACUUCCGCUCGGAGCGUGGCCGUGUCCUUUACGGCGAAGACAUCUAUGUCGGAUACCGCUACUACGAAAAGGUCAACCUGCCGCCACUAUUCCGUUUCGGCCAUGGCUUAUCCUACACGACCUUCACACGGUCUGACCUGUCCCUUACAACCAGCCCUGAGAAGCCACAGCUCGAGGAGAGCGGCGAGCCCAUCACUGCCAGCGUGAUAGUUGCUAACACAGGCAAGGUAACCGGCGCUGAAGUUGUCCAGCUGUGGGUUGUGCCGCCGCCGACAGGCGUGAACCGUCCCGCCCGGGAACUCAAGGGCUUCACGAAGGUGCUGCUGAACCCUGGCGAACAGAAAAGGGUUGAAAUUACAGUGGAAAAGAAACUCGCUACGAGCUGGUGGGACGAGCAGCGCGAGAAAUGGGCCUCUGAAAGGGGCGUGUACGAGGUAGUCGUCACCGGCACAGGCGAGAGUGUGCUGAAAUCAUCCUUCACUGUGGAGAAGACUCGGUUCUGGCUGGGUCUUUAA